AUGACAAGGAAGAAGGUGAAGUUGGCAUACAUCACCAACGACUCGGCCAGGAAGGCGACCUUCAAGAAGAGGAAGAAGGGGCUGAUGAAGAAGGUGAGCGAGCUGAGCACCCUGUGCGGGAUCGACGCCUGCGCCAUCAUAUACAGCCCCUACGACUCCCAGCCGGAGGUCUGGCCCUCCCCCGCGGGCGCCCACCGCGUCCUCUCCAAGUUCCGCAAGAUGCCGGAGAUGGAGCAGAGCAAGAAGAUGGUGAACCAGGAGAGCUUCCUUCGCCAGCGCAUCUCCAAGGCCCGCGACCAGCUCAAGAAACAGCUCAAGGAGAACCGCGAAAAGGAAGUCGCCAACCUCAUGUACCGCGCUCUCGCCGGCCAAGCCUCUCUCCACGCCCUCUCCCUUCCCGACCUCCACGACCUCGGCUGGCUCGUCGACCAUUACCUCAAGGACAUCCACCGCCGCAUGGACUCUUUUGGUUUGGCCGUCGGUAGUGGUAGCAGCGGCGGGAGUACUGGUGGUGCUGGAGAGAGUAACCAUCAGCACCACCUGCAGCCGGCUUCGGCCGUGGGGCUGGAGGUUGGGAAUAUGGGGGCGGAGGCGAUGCAGAGUCACCGGUGGCUGAUGGAGCUGCUCAACUCAUCUAACGUGAACGUGGAUCAGAGUAUUAACAGCAUAGGAGGGUUUGGAGGAGGCGGCGGCUCGGCGGCGACGGGAGGAGCAGGGGAGGAUAUGAAUAUGAUGCUUCCGUUGAUUGGGGAUGCUACCAACAACUACCACAGCAUGUUAACGACGUUAAUUCUCACCUUAAGGCCACGUGGCAGCUUCUACGCAUGUCGCGUGUCAGUGGCUGGACGCGGGUCGGAAUGUGGGUCAGGUCGGGUGGACGGAGCAGGUUAUGGGUCGCUAAGCCGGGUUGCGAAUCAAGUUCCUAAGUUUGAUCUGGAGGCCGGGUCAGAUUUUGCAAACCGAGCAAGGAAGACGCUUGCGGGGCAUGUGGAGCUCGUGUCGCCGGCUGCCGGAGUCUACGUCGGCGCUUAUGGCACGUGGAAAAGGCGCUGA